UCUGUCUUCCUAUUGGUGCUCCUCCAUUUUGGGCGGGACCUCUCUAAACCUGUGUUCUCGAUUUGCUGUCUCCCCGGUGGCCCCUGACCUGGAAGCUCUCUGGGUAAAAUGGCGGCGCCCAGAGUCACGACCGAGCCGGCUUGGAGUCCGCGGCUUGCCGCAUGAGACAGCUGAGGCUCAGAGAGGUUAAGGGCCUCUCCCGAAGUCACGCCGGAAGUUGGCAGCUAGGCUGGAAUUCGGACCCGCGUCUGUUUAUCCCAAGGAUCCCAGAAUCCUGGCAGGCAGCCUCAGAGCUGCUGUAGGUGGUUGUCUGACAAGUGGAGGCAAUGAGCUGGGCCCAAGCCAUCCUGCUGGCCCGGGGCCUCUCUCGGGGCUGCGGAGGCAUCUGCGGGGCCACCGUCACGGGAGCCCCCUUCUCUCAGGUGUCCCUCCAGGCCCCGCGGGGUCUCCGCUGCAGCGCAGCCACCCACAGCUCUGACUCCUGGCUGGUCCCUCCCCCACCUAAGCCCCCAAGGGGACCCACCAGGGCCCUGGCACCCCACGAGGAGCUGUUUAGGCGGGCACCAGAUGGGGCGCAGGACAAGGCGAACUUUGUGCGGGCCGUGCAGACCUUCGGGCAGCAUAACGUGCACAAGCGGGGCCACGUCGACUUCAUCUACCUGGCCCUGCGCAAGAUGCGGGAGUACGGCGUCGAGCGGGACCUGGCCGUCUACAACCUGCUGCUCGACGUCUUUCCCAAGGAGGUCUUCCGGCCUCGAAGCAUCUUCCAGAGAAUCUUCAUCCACUACCCACGGCAGCAGGAGUGCGGGAUUGCUGUCCUGGAACAGAUGGAGAACCAUGGGGUGAUGCCCAACAAGGAGACCGAGUUCCUACUGAUUCAGAUAUUUGGACGUAAAAGUUACCCCAUGCUCAAGUUCGUGCGCAUGAAGCUGUGGUUCUCCCGCUUCAAGAAUAUCAACCCCUUCCCACUGCCCCGGGACCUGCCCCAGGACCCCGUGGACCUGGCCAAGUUGGGCCUGCGGCACAUGGAGCCCAACCUCAGCGCCAGGGUCACCAUUUACCAGAUGCCUUCUGCCAAAGACUCCACAGGUGCGGCAGAUGCCACUGAGUCCCACAUUGUAGGCAUCCAGACUCCUGAUCAGCAGGCUGCCCUGGCCCGCCACAACCCAGCCCGGCCUAUCUUCGUCGAGGGCCCCUUCUCCCUGUGGCUCCGAGACAAAUGUGUCUAUUAUCACAUCCUCAGAGCGGACUUGCUGCCCCCGGAGGAGAGGGAAGCGGAGGAAAUUCCAGAGGAAUGGAAUCUCUACUACCCGAUGCAGCUGGACCUGGACUAUGGGAGGAGCGGCUGGGAUGACUACGAGUUUGACAUCCAUAAAGUGGAGGAAGGCCCUGUCUUCGCCAUAUGCGUGGCGGGUGCCCACGACCAGGCCACGCUGGCCAGGUGGAUCCAGGGCUUGCAGGAGACCAACCCAGGCCUGGCCCAGAUCCCCGUGGUCUUCCGCCUGGCGGGGUCCACCGGGGAGCUCCUGGCGACCUCCUCAGGACUGGAGGAGCCGCCCCCGCCCCCACCAGAGGGCCAGGAAGAAGAGGAAAACAAUCAGCAGCGACAGCAGCAGGGACAGAGCUGAGGCUGAUUGGUCACCAGCACAAACUGUGGACUAGUGUAAUAGCAUGAGGUGCCCUUUGAAUGUACAGCAAAUAAAAGUUUUCCGGCUCGGGGCGGCCUUCUCUCUUC